AUGAUGAAGUUCUCCAUCGCUCUUCUCGCUCUCGCAGGCGCCGCCCUCGCCGACACGCAGGUCAACUGGAGUGGCUGCGGCGGCGAGCACGGCAACACCAAGUCGGGCGACGGCGACUGCACCAACGUCUCCGGCUUCCGCACGACCAACCUCUGCGAGAUCUACGUACCGCCUCCCGGCACGGACCGCUGCGAGUUCUACACGACGCCGUGCGGCGUGCCCUGGGGUGACAUCUACUACUGCAGCGUGGCCGCGGGCAAGUGCAACGCCCGGCCUUGGAACGCCAUCCGGUCGUUUCGCUGCUGGUCUCACUAA